GGGACACGGAGAGUGACAGAGAUGGCGUGUUGAGCUGGCGAUGACUCCAUAGCUCUCUCUCUCUCUCUCUCCUUUUCCAGCCACAUUACUCUCAUCGUGCUCACCGACGGCCUCAUCUCUUCCGAUCUCCGGCUUCCACUGACGGAGAUUUCAGCUCCACCGACGCCGAGGAAGGCGAGCAUCGGAGAUGGAGGCGAACGCUGGCAUGGUCGCCGGCUCCUACAAGAGGAACGAGCUCGUCCGGAUUCGCCACGAUUCCGACAGUGCGCCCAAGCCAUCGAAGAGCUUGAAUGGUCAAACAUGUCAGAUCUGCGGGGAUACUGUUGGAUUUACUGUUAAUGGUGAUUGCUUCGUAGCUUGCAAUGAAUGUGCAUUCCCAGUCUGUCGCCCCUGUUAUGAGUACGAGAGAAAAGAUGGUAAUCAGUGUUGUCCGCAGUGCAAGACUCGGUACAAAAGGCACAAAGGGAGUCCUCGAGUGGCAGGUGAUGAUGAUGAGAAUGAUGUUGAUGACAUUGAGAAUGAGUUCAAUUAUAACCAAGGAGAUGCCCCUAGAAGGCGCCAGUGGCAGGGAGAUGAAUCAGAUGUUUCUUCUUCUCGACGCGAGUCUCAACACCCAGUCCCUCUCUUGACUCACGGACACUCGGUGUCUGGAGAAAUCCCCUGUGCUACACCUGAUAAUCAAUCUGUACGGACUACAUCAGGACCUUUGGAUCCCAGACAACCAGUUCCUGUGCGCAUUGUGGACCCGUCGAAGGACUUGAACACUUAUGGCCUUGGAAGUGUUGACUGGAAAGAAAGAGUUGAAGGUUGGAAACUUAAGCAGGAUAAAAAUGUGCUUCCGAUAUCUAGUCGAUAUUCUGAAGGGAAGGGAGGUGACAUAGAAGGCACUGGUUCUAAUGGUGAAGAGCUCCAAAUGGCUGAUGAUGCUCGUCAACCUCUGAGUCGAAUAGUACCUAUACCGUCGUCUCAUCUGACACCUUAUCGAGUUGUCAUUAUUCUUCGGUUGAUUAUUUUGGGCUUCUUCUUACAGUAUCGUGCCACUCACCCAGUGAAAGAUGCUUACCCUUUAUGGUUGACAUCAGUUAUUUGUGAGAUUUGGUUUGCAUUAUCAUGGCUUUUGGAUCAAUUCCCAAAAUGGUCACCAAUCAACCGUGAGACAUUCCUUGAUAGACUGGCAUUGAGAUAUGAUCGGGAAGGGGAACCGUCACAGCUGGCUCCUGUCGAUGUCUUUGUUAGUACGGUGGAUCCUCUCAAAGAACCUCCUCUUAUAACAGCAAACACUGUCUUGUCCAUUCUUGCAGUGGAUUACCCUGUCGACAAAGUCUCCUGUUAUGUUUCUGAUGAUGGUUCAGCAAUGUUGACUUUUGAAGCCCUCUCCGAAACUGCUGAGUUUGCCAGGAAGUGGGUACCCUUCUGCAAGAAGCACAAUAUUGAGCCUAGGGCACCGGAAUUUUACUUUGCCCAAAAGAUAGAUUACUUAAAGGACAAGAUACAGCCUUCUUUUGUCAAAGAACGCAGAGCAAUGAAGAGAGAAUAUGAAGAAUUCAAAGUGCGAAUCAACGCUCUUGUUGCUAAGGCACAGAAGAUGCCAGAAGAAGGGUGGACAAUGCAGGAUGGUACAUCUUGGCCUGGAAAUAAUCCUAGGGACCAUCCAGGAAUGAUCCAGGUCUUUUUGGGUCAUAGCGGGGGACUUGAUACUGAUGGAAACGAGCUACCUCGGCUUGUUUAUGUUUCUCGUGAAAAGCGACCUGGUUUUCAACAUCACAAGAAAGCUGGAGCUAUGAACGCUUUGAUCCGUGUUUCUGCUGUACUCACAAAUGGAGCCUAUCUUCUGAAUGUCGACUGUGAUCACUACUUCAACAACAGUAAAGCUCUUAAAGAAGCCAUGUGUUUCAUGAUGGAUCCCAUUCUUGGAAAGAAGACAUGCUACGUUCAGUUCCCUCAGCGUUUUGAUGGCAUUGACUUGCAUGAUCGAUAUGCCAACCGCAACAUUGUCUUCUUUGAUAUUAACUUGAAGGGGCUUGAUGGAAUCCAAGGUCCUGUUUAUGUGGGAACUGGAUGUUGCUUCAACAGACAAGCUCUUUAUGGAUAUGACCCAGUAUUGACGGAGGAGGAUCUGGAACCAAAUAUUAUUGUGAAGAGUUGUUGUGGUUCAAGAAAGAAAGGGAAGAGCAGCAACAAGAAGUACAUAGAUAAGAAGAGGGCAUUAAAAAGAACUGAAUCCACCAUUCCCAUUUUCAAUAUGGAGGAUGUUGAUGAUGGAGUAGAAGGAUAUGAUGAUGAGAGGUCACUACUCAUGUCUCAGAAGACUCUGGAGAAGAGAUUCGGUCAGUCUCCUGUCUUUAUUGCUGCUACCUUCAUGGAACAGGGUGGCAUUCCACCUUCUACCAACCCCGCAACUCUCUUAAAAGAAGCAAUACACGUUAUUAGCUGUGGCUAUGAGGACAAGACUGAAUGGGGCAAAGAGAUUGGGUGGAUAUACGGUUCAGUUACAGAAGAUAUUUUGACUGGGUUCAAGAUGCAUGCUCGAGGUUGGAUCUCGAUCUAUUGCAUGCCUCCUCGCCCAGCCUUUAAGGGUUCUGCUCCCAUCAAUCUAUCUGACCGUUUGAACCAGGUUCUUCGGUGGGCUCUUGGUUCAAUCGAGAUUUUGCUAAGCAGACAUUGCCCCAUUUGGUAUGGAUACAAUGGAAGAUUAAAGCUAUUGGAGAGAAUAGCGUACAUCAACACCAUUGUCUACCCUCUGACCUCAAUCCCAUUGAUAGCGUAUUGUACGCUUCCAGCAUUUUGUCUUCUCACCGGAAAGUUCAUCAUCCCCGAGAUAAGCAACUUUGCGAGCAUGUGGUUCAUCCUUUUGUUCGUCUCCAUCUUCGCUACGGGGAUCCUCGAGCUCCGCUGGAGUGGUAUCAGCAUUGAGGACUGGUGGAGGAAUGAGCAGUUCUGGGUCAUUGGAGGCACCUCUGCUCACCUCUUUGCGGUCUUCCAGGGGCUCCUUAAGGUCCUUGGUGGGAUCGACACCAACUUCACUGUCACCUCAAAGGCCGCAGACGAAGAUGGGGAUUUUGCGGAGCUCUAUGUUUUCAAGUGGACUUCCCUCCUCAUCCCGCCCACCACUGUCCUCAUAGUGAACCUAGUUGGGAUUGUGGCAGGAGUUUCUUUUGCAAUCAACAGUGGCUACCAGUCCUGGGGCCCGCUCUUCGGGAAGCUCUUCUUUGCGAUAUGGGUCAUUGCCCACCUGUAUCCAUUCCUCAAGGGUCUGUUGGGCAGGCAGAACCGUACUCCCACAAUCGUGAUCGUGUGGUCCAUACUCCUGGCCUCUAUAUUCUCCCUCCUCUGGGUGAGGAUCGACCCGUUCACAUCCGACCCCACCAAGACUGCUGCAAACAGUCAGUGUGGCAUCAAUUGCUAAUGAGUGUGAUCCCUGGUAUGCUCGGUCUCUUUCUCUUCACGAUUAUUUCUGGUGUAUAUAAUAAGCAUCAAUGAAGUAUGCUUUACCAUCGAGGUUACACCGAAAUGUAGCUCCAUCUACCUUCCUCAUAAGUAUUGUCGCAGUGGAGAAGGCAUGAAGGGUCUUCUAGUUCUCCCAUGACUUACUCUACUGUGCUAUGAUACACAGGACAAGAGAAUCGACCAGCCCGUACUUUAUUGAUAGAAAUGUGACGUAUUUAUAUCCACAAUUCCGUGGGAAUAGCAAUUCAUUUUCUUCUUUCCCCUAUUAUUCUUCUAUGUACCGUUUUGGGACAUUUGUUUCUAUUUUCUUAUCAUGAAGAGGCAUCGAAUGAAUUGUGUGUGUGUAGAAUA